AGCCCGGCGGCGGCUCCUCAGAGCUCGCCCACCUUCUUGCGCCGGAGCGCUGGCAAAAGGGGAAGAAAGAUUCCUCUCUUUGGUCACCACUCUUCCUCGCGUCCUCCAAGAAUUUGUUUAAGGUAGUGCUGCGGAAAGAAGACAUCUUUUUGAAUUCUCGGGCAGGGGCGGGGUCUGCCGCUGCCCUGCGGUGCCACCUCAGCGACGCUGCCCUCUGGAACGACCCCUGACCAGCCGGGGUCACGUUCGGGAGACAGAACCAUGAAGCGCUCGGCGGCCGCUUGGCUCUUGAUCGGGCUCAGCCUCGGUGUCCCCCAGUUCUGCAAAGGUGAUAUUUGUGAUCCCAAUCCAUGUGAAAAUGGAGGUGUUUGUUUGUCAGGAUUAUCUGACAAUUCCUUUUCCUGUGAGUGUCCAGAUGGCUUCACAGAUCCCAACUGUUCUAGUGUUGUGGAGGUUGCAUCAGAUGAAGAAGAGCCAACUUCUGCAGGUCCCUGCAUCCCUAAUCCGUGCCAUAAUGGAGGAACCUGUGAAAUAAGUGAAGCGUACCGAGGGGACACAUUCAUAGGUUACGUCUGUAAAUGUCCUCGAGGAUUUAAUGGGAUUCACUGUCAGCACAACAUAAAUGAAUGUGAAGCUGAACCUUGCAAAAAUGGUGGCAUCUGUACAGACCUUGUUGCUAACUAUUCCUGUGAGUGCCCAGGUGAAUUCAUGGGAAGAAAUUGUCAAUACAAGUGUUCGGGCCCAUUGGGAAUUGAAGGUGGAAUCAUAUCAAAUCAGCAAAUCACAGCUUCCUCUACCCACCGAGCUCUCUUUGGACUCCAGAAGUGGUAUCCCUACUAUGCACGUCUCAAUAAGAAGGGGCUUAUCAAUGCAUGGACAGCUGCAGAAAAUGACAGAUGGCCAUGGAUUCAGAUAAAUUUACAAAGAAAAAUGAGAGUUACUGGUGUGAUUACUCAAGGAGCUAAAAGGAUUGGAAGUCCAGAGUAUAUAAAAUCCUACAAAAUUGCAUAUAGUAAUGAUGGAAAAACUUGGACGAUGUACAAAGUAAAAGGCACCAAUGAAGACAUGGUGUUUCGUGGAAAUGUUGAUAACAACACACCCUAUGCCAACUCUUUCACACCCCCGAUAAAAGCUCAGUAUGUAAGACUCUAUCCACAAGUUUGUCGAAGACACUGCACUUUGAGAAUGGAACUUCUUGGAUGUGAACUAUCAGGCUGUUCGGAGCCUCUGGGGAUGAAAUCAGGACAUAUACAAGACUAUCAGAUCACUGCCUCGAGCAUCUUCAGGACUCUCAACAUGGACAUGUUCACUUGGGAACCAAGGAAAGCUCGGCUGGACAAACAGGGCAAAGUGAAUGCCUGGACCUCCGGCCACAAUGACCAGUCACAAUGGUUACAGGUGGACCUUCUGGUCCCUACCAAAGUAACUGGCAUCAUUACACAAGGAGCUAAAGAUUUUGGUCAUGUACAGUUCGUAGGCUCCUACAAACUAGCUUACAGCAAUGAUGGAGAACACUGGACUGUAUACCAGGAUGAAAAGCAAAGAAAAGAUAAGGUUUUCCAGGGCAAUUUUGACAAUGAUACCCACAGGAAAAACGUCAUCGACCCUCCAAUCUAUGCACGGCACAUCAGAAUCCUCCCUUGGUCCUGGUAUGGGAGGAUCACGCUACGCUCAGAGCUGCUGGGUUGUACAGAGGAAGAGUGAGGAGCGUCCAUGCCCCAUAGCCCUCCUCUCUGUCUCCCUGAAAGUAUCUCCAUGGAAUGAACUGGGCAAACUCUGUAGGAAACUGAAUGGGAUUUUUCAUGAAAAAGUGCUCAAAUUAUGGUAGGCCACUGUCUUUUUAAGGAGGUCUAAGCCUGCCUUUUCAAUGGUUUAAUUUGAUUUUUAUUGUUUAAAUUGCUUAAGCCACAUCACAUUAACUUGUGAGUUACUUUCAGUCAUUGUUUUUUGGAUUAUUCACAAUGGUUGGAAUAUAUUAAGGGAAGAAGUAGCACUCUUUUGAUAGCAAGGAUAAAAAAAAACUCAUAGUUAUCAAAUUAAAGCAAGAGUUGAUAGAGCUUUUAUAAUCAAUACUCAGAUAAUACUUAUAAAAGGUACACUGCAAUGUUAGCAAUAAGUUUUUUUUUUCUUCUCUAAUAACUCUACAUGAUUCUAAUUGUUUCCCCUCUGCCUACCAAUCACUGUCAGUGUUUAUAACAGAAUUUUGAAGAAUCUGUUACAUGCAGUACUAAUUGAUAUUAUAAUUCUCAUUUUACUUUCAUUAUUUCUAAUCAAAUAUAUCAUGUAAUCUUUUUUCUUUUCAUUCUAUUCUAUAUUCUUUAUAUUGUACAUUGACUGAAUAAGUCCAUAUUUUUUUCUAAAUGAGUUUUUCCUGUUAUUUGCCUAAAAGUUUCAUGUUUAUGUGUGUGUGUAUGU